GAUCUGUCAUUCAAGAGCGCUGAGCGGCGAGAUGGUGUCACAGUGAGUUAGUGACAGCUUCACACAUGUAACGCUUCUAAAGUUUUGACAACCAAAAGUGACCAAUAUUUGCACUUUGCGAACAUCCGAACGAGUGGCUCACAAAAACUGAACGAUGACGGCCAAAACCUUGGAGAAAGCCCAUAUAGCUCUUGGUGGCUUUGUGCACCCUCUCUCCGAAAGCAUCUACUCAGUGGAUGAGCUCGCCACGUCUCUGCCAGCAUCUGUGACUAUAUUUCCGAACGGUGAUUUGGGAGGACAUUACGAGCAGAUAAACGGGCCUUCGGGAGAUGGCUUGAUCGGCGUGGAUAUGAGCACAGAGAAGCGAUCUCUCGACCUGUCCUAUCCCAGCAGCUUCGCGCAACCAGCCGGCCAUCGCAACCAAACUUUCACCUAUAUGGGAAAGUUCUCCAUCGACUCCCAGUACCCAGGAAACUGGAACCCGGAGGGCGUGAUAAACAUCGUGAGCGCGGGGAUCCUGGGCAUGACCCAGCCGUCUUCAGCAUCCUCUUCACCUGCGUCCUCAGUCUCCCCCGGCCACUUCUCCAGCAGUCUCAGUUGCACCAUGGCACAAAACCAGUCCGACAUGGAACACAUCUACUCUCCUCCACCACCCUACUCUGGAUGCGGAGAGGUCUAUCAAGACCCAUCCGCCUUCCUCUCCACCUCCACCUGCCCCAUCUCAUAUCCUCCGCCGUCCUACUCGUCCCCAAAACCGAACACGGACUCUGGGCUGUUCCCCAUCAUCCCGGACUACGCCGGCUUUUUCCAGCCUCCGUGCCAGAGGGACAUGCAGUCCAUGCCCGAUCGCAAACCGUUCUCGUGCCCACUGGAGUCGUUCCGCGUUCCCCCUCCUUUAACACCCCUGAACACGAUCAGGAACUUCACACUGGGGGGACCGGUGUCUGACGGACCCAGGCUACCCACAGCCUACACCCCGCAAAACUUGCCCCUCAGGCCCAUUCUGCGCCCGAGGAAAUACCCCAACAGACCCAGCAAGACCCCCGUUCACGAGCGCCCGUACCCCUGCCCCGCGGAGGGCUGCGACAGACGCUUCUCCAGAUCCGACGAGCUCACCAGACACAUCCGCAUCCACACCGGCCACAAACCCUUCCAGUGUCGGAUAUGCAUGAGGAACUUUAGUCGCAGCGACCACCUGACGACCCACAUCCGCACGCACACCGGCGAAAAGCCGUUCGCCUGCGACUUUUGCGGGAGAAAGUUUGCGCGCAGCGACGAGAGAAAGCGACACACGAAAAUCCACCUGCGACAGAAAGAGAGAAAAUCCUCCGCGUCCUCCGGCUCAGAACGCACCAUCACAAUGGGCUCGUCCGCGGGCAUCUGCUCGUCCACUUCAAGCCAGUAAACUUCCAGCUGGACUUUGCGAUAUCCAACACUAUAUAGGCAAUAGAACAGUGACCAUAAUAGUAAUAAUAAUUAUAAUAAUAAUGGACUACUCGUAAUAUAUUAAAACUGGGACGACUGAUAUAGUGAAAUCCAACCACAGUGCCAAAAGCCGCGGGGACGCACUUUAAAGGUGGUGCGUGUUGUUUUUCUUGCUACAUUUAUUUUUGCAUCAGUCGCAUGCUGACUGACGAAACGCACUUUGUUUGAACAUUCAGGCGAAUUUUAAUCCUAAUUGAAUAAAAAAUAAAACAACCUUAAACCGCACGUGGGAGUAUUGUGCACUCGACUCAAGGGGGUGCGUUGAGUGGAUGCUGUCGGGCACCUUUCAGCAUUUGCCUCUGGAAAAGUUUAUUCCAAUCUAAAAGAAAACAAACCUUCAAAUGUGCAACUUUAACAAUGAGCUUGUAACGUGACUAUUUCUCCCAUUGUCGUGCCUUUCGCCGUGUACAUAAACCCCGAACUUUGAAUGAAAUUGUAUAUUAUCCUUUAAUAUGAAAGUUUUCGAAGAUAUAUUUUUGUACAAAUUGUUUCGUGCCAAAAGUGUUUGUGGUUAAAACAAAGACUGUAAAUAGUUAACUCUUGACGUUUGUUCUGUGAUUGUUCUGACUGAUAUAAACGUGUUUGUUUUGACUAAAUCAAUAAUGUCCGAACUACUGAAAAUAAAACACAUGA